CCUCUAAAAACAUGUUUUAGCAGUUUUCCCUUUCUUUCAAAUUGUUAAACAUCACAGCGUGGUUUCUAUUGACUUUGUUAUUACUGUGCAGAUAUGGAGGACAGGGUCAAAUUCAUCCUCUUCCUCCUUGGGGAGGAAGCUGAUUCAUUUGCAAAAAGGGCAGAGAUGUAUUACAAGAGACGACCAGAGGUCAUCAGUUCAGUGGAAGAGGCAUAUCGGGCAUACAGAGCCCUUGCUGAACGCUACGACCACAUAUCAGGAGAGCUGCACAAAGCAAACCACACUAUUGCAACCGCUUUUCCUGACCAGGUCCAGUACUCAAUGCUGGAAGAGGAUGAUGACAAUCUCCCAAAGGCAUUUACAGCUGUUGAUCCUCGCAAAAUCCACAAGUCAACGGUGGAAAGACUGAUGAAAAAGAAGAAAGGAGGGAAAUCAGGACUGAAAGAUGAAAGCAAGAAUUCUGGAGCUAAAAUCAACAACGAGAAUGCUCAACAAGAGAUAAGCAGACUGCAGAAAGAGAUAUUAGCGCUGCAGACUGAGAAAGAGUUCAUCAAAAGCUCUUAUGAGAGUGGAAUAGCAAAGUACUGGGAUCUUGAAAAGCAAAUAAACGACAUGCAGGCAGAAGUUUGUUACUUCCAAGAGGAGUUCAAUGAAAGUGCAGUGCUUGAAGAUGAUGAAGCCAGAGCUUUAAUGACAGCAACCGCCCUUAAAUCCUGUGAAGAGACCAUUAUCAAAUUGCAGGAACAACAAAAGUUAUCAUUCAGUCAGGUAAAGAUUGAGUCAGAGAAAGUCAAGGUUUCCAGAGAUAAGCUGAAGAAUAUUAUGAGAGGGCAUGGCAAAUCCCUACCAAACUCAGGAAAGUUUUUAGAGAGCACAGGUUCAGGAAAAAUUUCCAGCAAGAAUGUGACAAAUGAUGCUAGUAAUUCGGUAGAUGGUGCAUACUCUAUUAAUUACGAGAAAGUUGAACUGCAAGCAACAGUAGAUAAGAUCAAAGAAUACUUUCAAAAAGACAGUGAAGCCUCUGUGGCAGAGAUGGCAGAUAAAAUUGAUGCACUAGUGAAUAAAGUUGUGGAUUUGGAACUUAUGGUUUCAUCACAGACUGCACAAUUAAACAGGCUGUGUCUCGAGAACACAGAGCUGGAGAAAUCCUUGCAUGAGCUGGAAGAAGAGAAGGCAGCAAUAAGCAGUGUUCCAGGUGAAUUAAAUAGCAAGCUCAAGCAGGCAGAAGAGCAUUUGGUUAGAGUUCAGAACAUUGAGAGCUCCUUCCAUGCAGAAGGAACUAUAGUCCAUUCAAAUUUCACUGAAACAAUAAUUAUGUACCGUGACAUUUCAGGUAUGCUAUGGUCACCUGUUGUUGAGCACCAAGAUAGUUCUGUGCCCAUGCUGACUGACAAAACAACACCAUCCCUUGAUAUGGAAACAUCAAGUGAAUAUGAUACACCAAACUCAGAAAAAGAUCCUCAGUCAGAUGAAUCUGCAGGGAAGCAUGAAGUAGACGAAUUACCUGACCAUUCAAAAGAACCGGAGCCAGCAGGACUCUGUGAUGAUGCCCACUCGUGUAGUGGUUACCCUGAGAGAAAUGCAGAAGGUUCAGAGGAUCCGUGGUGUUGUGCACUUGAAGGUAAGUCUAGCUUGUUAGCUGCAUCAGUAAACGAGGAAGAGGCAGGAAAUGCAGAUAGCGAUUCAUUUGGUGAUCAUAACAAUAGAAGAGAAGAUCAUGCUCCUGAAGAAGUUCAAACUCUUGAGGUAGCUAGUGACAAUGGGAGCGGCAUGCAGGAAUGUACUGUACAUUCUCAUGAGAAGCCUAUAUUAGAACACUUGCAUCAUAUUUCUUCCAAUGGCCGAGGAGAUAGCAAUCCGAAAAAAGAGGAGAAUGAGAAAGAUUUAUCAAUAUCAGCUGAUGGCACUUUUGAAGGCAACUCAGAACAAAAGAUGAAUAAAGCAGACACUUCACGUAUCGUAGAAGAUACUGCUCCUAUUAGUAGAAAAGUUGAUGAGGCUGGGGAUCAAGAGGAACACAUGAUUAAACUACAGCAGCUGCUUAUGAGUGGGCUCCAAGAUAAGGAAAAAAUACUAUUAACCGAGUACACCUCUAUACUCCGAAAUUAUAAGAAUGCGAAGAGAAAGAUUACAGAAGUUCAGACAGAGAAUCAACAACGUUUGAAUGAGAUGACAACCAUGAUAAAUGAGCUACGCUAUGCAAAUGCAAUGAAAGAUGAGGAAAUUCGGUCACUGCAUGAACUCCUGAACUCUGCAACCAACAAAGAUGUAUCACGAAAUGGCCAUCAAAUGAACCCAACAACGUCCUUCAGUUCAUCAAGCAGGACAUUCAGGGGUCACCGAAGGACCCCAAGCUUCUCGCCUGCUCAUCAAAGGAAACAAAGUGUUUCCUCCAUUUCCAGAAUAAUUCUCGAAUCCCCUAUGGAGGGUGAUGCAUCGCAUGAUACAAUAACUGAUCAGGAAAACAUCAUUUUGGAGGACAUCAAAUUGAUCGAUGUUGUCCAGAUGGAUAACAUCUCACCACUUGAAGAGAAGUUCAGACAAGACAUUGAUGCUCUUCUAGAGGAGAACUUAGAAUUCUGGAUGAAAUUCAGCACAUCAUUCCAACAGAUCCAAGGAUUUCAGACCAAGUAUGAGCAGCUACAACCUGAGAUUGGGAAGAUAACAGAUGAGGAGAAGCUCAAGACAAAUAAUGGCCGUGCAGAUGCUACAUCAGUAAAAGUUGAAUCAAAUACCAUGGAGAAACAACUAAGGGAACUCAAGAUUGAACUACAAGUAUGGUUGGAACAGAAUGCCAUGCUCAAAGGGGAGCUCCAGUAUAGGUUUGCUUCACUUUGCAGCAUACAAGAGGAAAUUGAAGCAGCCAUGGAGAUUGGUGCAGAGCCUGAGGAAGGAGCUCAUUUCACCUCAUAUCAGGCUGCAAAAUUUCAAGGGGAGGUUCUGAACAUGAAGCAGGAGAACAACAAGGUUGCCGAUGAACUGCAGUCUGGUCUGGAUCAUAUAAAAGGGCUCCAUAAAGAAAUUGAAAAGGUCAUUGAAAAGAUAGUAAAGAGAAGUAGCUUAUCUGAGACCAACGGUAGUAGCACCUGGAAGAAUGCACCCUCUAGAACAAGAGUGCCACUUCGGCUAUUCCUUUUUCCAGCCAAGAAAAAGAAGUCAUCAUUAUUGGCAUGUGUAAGUCCAGCACUUCAGAAGCAGCACAGUGACAUGGUAUUUUUCACUAAAUGAAUUAGGUCUUCUGGAUGUAACCAAAUUCUUCAUUGAGCUAAUUAGCUGUACAACAAUCAGCAGGCCAAGCAAACAAGACUACAUUAUGAUGACAUGUUGUAGCCCAAUACCCUAGAUGGCUCCAUUCACCUUGUGGAGUAUUCAUAGAAACUUAUUAGUGUUUACUAAACAGUUGGUUGUAUUGAAAGAUGACAUUAUACGAUAUACUUAAAGGCACAUUUAAGCACAUAACUGCUCACUGCU